AUGUCAUCGUCUGUUCAUUUCAAAUUCAAGUCCCAGAAAGAACCCUCGCGGGUCACCUUCGAUGGCACGGGUAUUUCUGUCUUUGAGCUCAAGCGAGAAAUUAUCGGCCAAAGUAGAUUGGGCGAUGGGACUGACUUCGAGUUGUCCAUUUACAACGAGGACACCAAAGAAGAAUACGAUGACGAUACCACAAUCAUCCCUCGAUCUACCUCGGUCAUUGCCCGUCGAUUGCCUGCAGCUCGUCCCGGGAAAGGCGGUGCAGCUCGUUAUGUUUCGGGGAAAAUGCCUGUGAAUGCCCGUAACGCAUCUCGGACCGAACCGGUCAUAAGUCGAACCACGCCGGGGGCUGCCCAAUCUGUUAACAAUAAUGUCUUGGAGCUCACCAAUGCGCAAACAGAGGAGGAGAAGAUCAACGCCCUCUUCAAUCUACAAGCGAGUCAAUGGAAAGAACAGCAGCAAGAGAUGGCUAAUGCAACUCCAGUUCCUUUUGGUCGAGGCCGAGGAAAGCCGGUGAAUGUCCCUGACCACCCACCACCCCCCGGGUAUUUGUGCUAUCGGUGUAGAGAGAAAGGUCACUGGAUUCAAGCCUGCCCAACAAACAAUGAUCCCAAAUUCGACGGAAAGUACCGGGUAAAACGAUCUACCGGUAUUCCACGAUCUCUUCAGACAAAGGUUGAUAAACCAGAGUCUUUGGCACCCGACGGUUCCAGCGAUGAAUCGAGGAAUACGGGGGUCAUGGUUAAUGCAGAUGGUGAUUUCGUCAUUGCGAAGCCGGACAAGGCAGCCUGGGAACUGUACCAAGAAAAACUGAAGGCAUCUGCUGCUGCGGCAGCUGAGGCGGCAGCGGCGGAGGAGAGCAGGGCGUUGCAGGCUCGGGGGUUGGAAUGCCCAAUUGACAAGAGGAUGUUCUUAGAACCAACAAAGACACCAUGUUGUCACAGAACCUAUUGCAAUGACUGUAUCUCAAAUGCUUUGAUUGAAAGUGACUUUGUCUGCCCUGGCUGUGCUACUGAGGGUGUCUUGCUUGAUAAUCUCACUCCGGAUGACGAUGCUAUUUCCCAGAGCAAAGCUUACGAGUCGGAGAGGGCGGAGGCGAGAAGGGAAAAAGAGAAGCAAUCGGUAGUGCUGGAUGACCCCACCGCCAACGAGACCCCCGAACAUGACUCUGUCCAGGAUUCUUUGCCUAAAGAACAGUCCCCAGCCCAUCAAGAGGCAGAUAACACAUCUACCGAGUCGAAGAAGCGUCCUGCUGAAAGUGAACCAGUUGAGGGAUCGGAAAGUUCUCAUAUCAAUGUGACAAAGAAACAAAAAUCUGAAGAUCAAUUUAACCAGCCAGAUCUCAACCACAACACUAAUUCCCAAGAGACGUCAAAAGCGGGUACUAUAGGGCCCCAGGUGCCCAUGAAUCCACAUAUGCCAUUUAAUGGAUUCGGUGCAAUGCCUCCAUUUGCAGACCCCAGCUUUAACAACGGGUUUAUGAACCCAAUGGCCAUGGCUAAUCCUUUCUCUAACACCAUGGGACAAGGCUGGAAUCCAAUGAAUAUGACCUUCAACCCUGGUAUGUUCGGCGAUCAGUCUAAUGGAUUUCCCAACAUGUUCAAUGGUGACCCGUCCAUGUCAAUGUUUCCGAUGGCUCAAAUCGCCCCAUCUAUGCAAAAUCCCGGGUUUCAAGGUCCAGGGGCGAACGGCUUUUCAAACCAACAGCGAACCACUUUUAGCGGACCCUAUCCACGCGAGGAGGACUCGCCGUAUUUCCGGCAACCUGUGAAUCCUCAACGUCACCAGGCAAGGAAUCGCCGAGUGCGACCAAGCGAUUACCGGGAACUGUGA